AAUCUUAGAUGACAUCAUGUUUCAUACGGUGUUUGAUUGAUUUUAUUAUUUAUAUUAUUAGCCUAUGGGUUUUUCUCUCCAUAGCUCGUUUUAGGUCUUCAUCAUUUUACAGUGUUCUGUAUCUUUAAUUUUUUCUUAGUGUCGUUAAUCGACGUGCAUUCGAAGUCGAAGAUAUCGGUUCAGUUGUAUGAAAAUAGUAAAUCAUUGUUUUUAGGUUGAUUUAUUAACUAGUAAUAGCAAUCAGUUGAUAGAGCAACCUAUCAAAUCUGCGUCCGUCAUCUUUCAUCACACAUUUGUUACGAUGGCUAAUCACGACGAUGACAAAAGUGAGAGUUCCGAAAUAAGAACGGAAAACGAGGCAGAAGAGGCCGAGGAACCUGACAAGAUAUUAAUUAUAGAUCCUGAUAGUGAGGAGUUAGAUUUUAAUCACUCGAGAUUAACCAAGCUGGAAAAUCUAGAACCACUGACGCAAAUACGAAGAUUAUGCUUCACGUGGAACCUGAUUAAAAAGAUAGAGAAUCUUGAUACGCUUACAAGUUUAGUGGAACUGGAAUUAAGGGAUAAUCAAAUUAUUACCAUAGAGAAUCUAGAUGCUCUUGUGAAUCUGGAACUCUUGGAUUUAUCGUUCAAUCGUAUUAAGAAAAUAGAAGGAUUGGGCAACUUGUCAAAUUUGCAAAAAUUAUUUUUAUCGUCAAAUAAGAUUGUGCAAAUAGAAAAUCUCGCACAUUUGACAAAUCUUACAACAUUGGAAUUAGGUGAUAACAAAAUACGUGAAAUUGAGAAAUUGGAGAGUCUCGAGAAUCUGACUAAUUUGUAUCUUGGUAAAAACAAAAUUACCAAAAUCCAAAACUUGGAGAAUCUGAAGAACUUGACAUUGUUAAGUCUACAAAGUAAUCGAAUCACGAAGAUUGAAAGUAUUGAAGAAUUAAAGAAAUUGGAUCAAUUAUAUUUAUCUGAAAAUGGUAUUACAUGUAUAGAAGGCAUAGAAAAUUGUCCAGAAUUAACGACGUUAGAUCUAGCUAAUAACAAAAUUAAAAAGAUUCAAAAUAUGGAUCAUCUUGAAAGUCUUGAAGAAUUAUGGAUGAAUAAUAAUGAAAUAGAAGAUUGGAACACAUUAGAGAGUUUAACAGCCAAUAAGAAACUGCAGACCGUGUAUCUGGAGCACAAUCCCAUUGCAAAAGAUCCAAAUUACAGAAGGAAAAUAAUGUUGCUGUUACCGUGGCUCGAACAACUGGACGCCACUCUUUGUAAAAGAAAAACGGGCUAACAAAGGAAGAAAUAACAAGUAAAAUUAUAAAAAAUAGAAAGUACGACUAAAGAAAUAGCAAAAAAUUGUUCAUGAAGGAUCCAUGUGAUGGAAUACAUAUAUAGUAUUGUUAUUUUCUUCUGUUGUAUCCAAUACAAUUGGAUUGUAUAGAGGCUUGGCCACAGGAGAUUAAUAAUAAUACUUAUAUCGAAAACACGCUUGAUAUUAGGCUAUUAUGUAAAACUAUUCGAUGUCGAAGUUUAUUUGAUGAUCUGCUCCUUUCUUUUGUAACAAAAAAACAAAAAUAGAUAGUCGAUUCGAGUGUCAUUAUGAUGAAUUAAAACAAUUCUCUACUACGAAUAAAUCAAUAUAUUCUCUUCCUCUUCUAAUUAUAUAUAUUAUUGUACUAUUGCACAUUUAUAUGAAAAUCUAUUUGCACAUAUAUAUUUAUCAAUUAUGUUAAGAAUCUAAAAGAUCCAAUAGAUCGCAAGUAUUCCAAUUAUUUUUAAGAUAUAUUUCCA